AGUGUUCUUUUCCCAUGAGAAUGUCAUUUUGGUGUUUCGCGCCUUGUGAGCCCCUUCGCUUGCUCCUCCUGCCCGCCAUCGAGUCCUACUGUUUCCCACCCAAGAUGAUUCAGUUUAAUUUUCAAUUUACGCUUCUAUUCCGUUUCACGUUUUAUUUUAUUUCUCUCUAUACUCUAUCCCCCGUCACCAUCGCUUGUAUUGCUUUUCUCAAAAACAUCUUCGCAUACCGAUCCUGAAUCGCCAUAACCAGACGACCUAAUCGUUGAAAAAGAGCGCUAUUGCAUGAUUGGCGACAGCCUAGACGAGGCCUUCGUUGACCUCAUUAAGGGUCUGGAGCCGUUCUGGAAUCCGCGCAACCCCAAGCCGCCGACUCCGAAGCUCCCGACGCCCACGCCAGAAGAACUGGCCGCCAUGGAGGAGGCACGAGCUGCGGCCGAAGCUGCCGCAGCUGCAGAAGCGGAAGCCGCAGAAGCAGCUGCCGCUGCUGGCGAAGCCGGAGCAGAUGGUGCACCCGCUGCACCCGGAGAUGAAAAGGCACCUGAAAAGGAACCCACUCCGCCCAAGGAGCCCACUCCUCCGCCACCACCACCACCGCCAUUCGAGUACUCGAUCGAUCUGCCACCAGAGGGUGCCGAGGUGCCCUAUGUCAAGAACUACGAGCCACCACCACCCGGAUCCGAGCCAGAGCCAGUGCCAGCCGCUGAAGGGGAGGCUGCUCCGGCAGCGGAGGGUGCUGCUCCGCCGGCUGAUGGUGCUGCUCCACCCGCUGAAGGCGCUGCUCCUCCAGCCGAGGGUGCUGCUCCGCCAGCUGAGGGUGCUGCUCCUCCUGCUGAAGGCGCUGCUCCUCCUGCUGAUGGCGCCGCUCCUCCAGCCGAGGCUGCCGCAGCACCAGCUGAUGCAGCGGCUCCAGCUGCCGAGGCUGCUCCAGCUGAAGCUCCUGCAGCCGAAGAUGCUCCAGCUGAAGCCGCUCCCGCCGAAGCGGCUCCCGCUGCUGCCGAAGGCGAGGCACCUCCAGCUUAGGACCAGCUCGCCACAUCCGCGCCAGAAAUCGCUGCUGCACAUCACCGAAAGAGAAAACCACUGCUACCACAUGCUGCCCUGCUUUUAAAAAACCUAGUUAAGAGCACGUUUUUUAUUUUUGAAAUAACGCAAAACGAAAUUGAAUUAAACAUUCAGUUAGCCAAAGCAUUAUAAAAACGAAA